AUGCCGUCUCCUGGCCAUGUAACGAUCCUGAACAGGCCAACAACACCCCCCCCUGUCUUCAUUGACGAUGAGAUCGCAGAGAUGUUUGUGGACAAACUCAUCAGUGAGAUUGAGGUCGAGAACAAGAACAGCAACAAAGAUGACAAAACAAGAGAUCCCGAGUUCGCCGAGGCUGACGCGAGUGUAGACGCAAAGCUGGUCCGACUCAUCAACGCCGACAAGAAUCCCUGGCCCGAAGACCCCUCCUACUGCGUCAUGAGAGUAACGGUCCAGAUGCCGCCAACAACUCCAGUGCCGGAACGUAUAGCAAGUACCUACGCAUCUAGAGGAGAGAAAGCUUGGGCUAAAGUUAUUGGAUGGGGGAAGUUUCGUUUAACAGACGAAUACCCCGGUGGUGAGUUCUAUGAUCUCUGGGUGCUGCCUGGAGAAAGCAGAAUAGAGUGGGUUGGACCAGUACCAAUAGACCUGGCGAAGAAGUCAAUCACUCUCGCCGACCCUCUUCAGCUUGAAAAGAAGAAAAAGUGA